AAUUGUGUUUAGAGAAAAACGUCUUCAAGCCGUAGUGUUUGGUGAAAAGAUUCCUGUUUUCUUCAUUCGUGAAUUGGAAAUAUUACAACUUGCUACAAACAUUUUGACGAAGAAGGAGAGGAAGUUGUUGAUAAAUUGGACUUCUUUGUAUCUUUGACAAAAUGUUCGGCACGAUGAUGAAUGAUCGAAAACGACAGGAGGACGAGGUAGUUGCAAUUUCCAGUAUCUAUGAUGAAAAUAUGUUUUCCACAAUAGAUGAGCAGAUAAAGUGCACAUUGAACGUAUCUCUCACUGUUCCCCAAAAACUAGAGAUAAAAGUCGCUGAUCAUUCCAAUGAGACAUCUGUUGCUAUCGGCAACAAAAUCUUUGUGGAACAUUUGUCACCUGCCACGCUCGACAUGCAUCUUCCUAAUACAUACCCGUCUCAAAAACCACCGAUUUUCAGACUCUCUGUUCCUUGGCUGCCCCUUUGGGAGAUAUCUUUCUUAUGUCAGAAAUUGGAUGAAAUAUGGGAGGAAAACAAGGGCAACGAAAUUCUUUUCCUGUGGAUAGAUUUUUUACACAAUGAUUUAUUUAAUUUUCUUGGCAUAAAAGAUUCUUUAGAUGUAUCUUUUAUGCACAUGGUUCAUUUGACACCGCAGGAUUAUGUCAACUCACAUCUAGCGUACCUAUGUGAUUCUAGAGCCAUAAAUGAUUCAUUAUUUUUAAAUCCCAUCGAAUUUUUGACGUCUUAUAACAAAAGUCAAUGUCAAGUGCAAUUUAACAAGAAAUCUUACACUUGUGACAUAUGUUUCGAUAAGUAUAUGGGACUCAAAUGUGUAGAACUGAAGAACUGUGGACAUGUUUAUUGCAAAAACUGUAUAAAGGAAUAUAUACGUGUUAAAAUUACAGAGAAUAAUGAGAUCAUAUUAUGCCCGACAUUCGAAUGUAAGUGUAGAAUAGAUGUCAAUGACAUUAAAACCUUCUGUCCUCACCUGUUCCCACGAUAUGAGAAACUUGCACUACGCAUAGCAUUAGAUACUAUGGAGGACGUAGUAUAUUGUCCAAGAAUUUCCUGUCAAUAUCCAGUUAUCAGAAAUCUGGAGGAUGUGGCAAUGUGUCCUAUUUGUUCUUAUUGUUUUUGUAUAUUUUGUCAUAAGGUAUAUCAUGGCAUUACACCAUGUGAGAUGUCAUCAAGAGACUUUCAGAAACUCAUUGACAAAUACAAGAACAGUAAUGAUAAGCAAAAGAAAUUGUUGGAAAAGAAAUAUGGCAAAUUGCGGAUACAAUUGGUUGAGAAGCACCUCACAACAAAGUAUUUGCAAGAUAAUGCGAAGAGUUGCCCGAGUUGCCGCACUUUCAUCAUCAAAAGCGAUGGUUGCAACAAAAUGACGUGUACCCAUUGUCAAUCUUAUUUCUGCUGGCUGUGCGGUCAUAAGAUUAUCUCGACAAAUGCAUAUGAACACUUCAAGGAUAAAAAUAGCCCAUGUUUCGGACGUUUGUUUGAAGGUGCGGUGAACAUUGAUUAUGACGUAAUGCAUAAUAUAGCCUGGUUCGAUCAGAAUUUUUAAACUAUGUAUAUGCAUAAUACAGCAUAAGUUUUCAUAUCAUGUAGAAAAAUUCGAAAUAAAGUCUACAUAUCAAUAUUAUUACUAUAUAAAUGUAAAUAACAAAGGUAAU